GUCACCAUGGGCAGCAAGAUGGCGGCCGCCACCAGGGCGGUGCAGGUAGUCAAGCCACAUACUCCAUUAAUAAAGUUCCCAGACAGAAAAAGUGGUCCCAGACCUAAAAUACAGGAAUCUCUACAAGCAAGUAUGCCAUCUUCCCUUGCUUCAAAAGCACAGGAAUCUGUAGGAGCCUUUCAAAAUAUUUCAGCUGUUAGUAGAGUACAAGGUACACCAGACACUUCUGAAUUAACAAGAACCUUACCUCAGAAAUACAGAAGGAAACAAAUGUCAGACGAAGAGAUUGAAUAUAUUCAACGUGGAGGUCCGGAAUAAAUGUAGAAGAUAGUUUCUUGGCCAUUAUUGAAGAAUGAGGUAUUAUAUUCACAAUAAAGGCAUUUCACUAAUAUUAAAAAUUACUAUAUACUAAUAGCUUUAAUAAAAUCCCAUAUGAUGGGUGAGAAGAUCGACACAACACACAAGAUACUGAUUUGUGACCGAGAAUGAUUUUAUGUUGAUGGCUAAUAGCAAUUGAAUAUAUAUUAUGUCUGCGCCAUUAAAAUAUUUUUCUAAUUAGCCAUUUGAAAAGUCAGCAA